GUCUGCAAGUCAAUGAUUUUACAUUAUUUAUUGUUUAUAGGUGGUGGAUCUAAGCCGGCUAUAGGAAUUUCAGCACAGAAGUAAAUUCUAGAACGCAGACUUUUAAUCUUUGAUUUCACACAAGCACCUAAUCCACUACAGACAUUAAAAAACCCAGCAACUUUCUGAAGCAGUCAAACCCAAAUAAUUAUUAUGUAAGAUAGUUCAGAAUUCAAUCACUCUGUACCAAACUCAAAGGGAUCACAAUGGCUCCUGCAACCACAACUCAAAGAGGCGAACCAGAGGUUGAGGAUAUUCCCGAAUUGGAUCUCUCACACUCACAAGAAGAUGAAUUCCUACAAGCCGUGAGAGAGGGUUGCCAGGAAAUCGGGUGCUUUCGAAUUGUAAACCAUGGAAUUUCCCCUGAUCUAAUCCGCAAAGCAGAUUUGGCAUCCAGGGAAGCGUUCAAGCUUCCAUUAGAGACCAAGAAGAAAAACGUUUCGCCCAAUCCUUUCAUGGGUUAUGUAGGUGGGAUACCAGAGGCCCCCUUUUACGAAAGCCUGGGUAUAGAGCUCGCUGGGGCUCCAGAUCGGGAGGCUGUGAAAGACUUCUCUCAUAUCAUGUGGCCUCAGGGCAACCAGUUUUUCAGUGAAACCAUGGAAGAAUUCACCUGUGAGAUGAUGGAGAUGUCAAAGAAAGUGCACCAAGUAAUUCUUGCGAGCUUAGGAGUGGGAAAGUACUAUGCGAGUGAUUUCGAUCAUGGGAAGGCCCUGUUUCGUAUGAAUAUGUAUGAAGUGCCGUCUGAGCUGCCGUCUGAAUCGUAUGGUCUUGGACCUCACAAGGAUGGGACUAGUAUUAGUAUUCUGUACGGAGAUGGGUCCAGCGGCCUGCAGGUUUUGAAGGCAGGGAAUUGGGUUGAUGUGAAACCUGUCCCUAACACUUUUGUGGCCAUGGCGGGCGAUACCUUUCAGGCAUGGAGUAAUGGAAGGAUUCGUAGUACAAAACAUCGAGUGAUGCUGAAAAAACAACAGUCUCGUUUAUCUUUGGGUUUAUUUGGCAUUUUCCCAAAUGAGAUGAUUAUAAAGACACCUCCUGAACUUAUUGAUGAUGCACAUCCACAACGUUACAAAUCAUACAAGUUUGAAGAUAUGGUCACACAUAGAGCGGGAGAGGGAAGACUAUUAGAAGAACCUCUAGAGGCAUUUGUUGGCAUUUCUAUGUAGUGGAGAAGGAGGAUUCUUUAGCUUGUUAGCUGCUUCUCAAACUUUUGAUAUUAAUCUAUGUCUUCAAAGUUAAUGGUCUUGUAAUUUAAAUGUACAAUAUGUUUAAUUGCUACAUAAUUCUUGUUUGUCAAUUUAUAUAUGGUUUUCUUCUUUCAA